AGCUUCAAGGAUCUUAAUAACACUUCGUUACCACUUGAUCAAGAGAAACAAAAAGAAAAGCUGUUCAUAAAAACUCUCUAUCAAUGGCUGCUCCAAUCGCCAUAGGAACACGAGGAACCAUCGGAUCGCUUGUACGUAAAGAAAUCGACUACUUCAAAAACUUCUCUACAUGUCAUCCCCAAUUCGAUCCACGGAGAGGCAAUUCGGAAGAAAACAAAAAUACAUUUAAACAAAGAGAUCGGUCAUCAUCACGGUUGGGUUCUUGGUUCUCUAAAACUAAAUGGAGAAAGAAGAAGCGGCAGACUCGUGGUGGCGGUGGCAAGUUUUUUCCGAGUAUGUGCUCGGCGGUGGAGGUUUCCGGCGAGAAUCGAGUUCCGGGUUUCAACUAUAGGAUCUUGAAGAGUGAUCAUCAGAAGGGCUUGCGUGUGUAGAAAGGAGUCAUCAUUUAUGUGGAUUACGUGAACAUGGAUUUGAAGGUGACGUUAUACAAAACUUGGACAAGAGCUCACAUCUUGAAUUCCAAAAAAGAGACGAUGUUAUCAUAUUUGUCACAGGUGACUAAGAUUUUGCUCUUGGCUCUGUACGUAGUAGCCACCUGAUUAAUUCAUCAACUAGAGUUUGAGAGCACACAACUCCAAUAUGGACCACUAAUGAAAAGUUCCUUAGCUCUUGAAUUCUGGUUAUAAAAGAUCUUGUUGAAUUUUGUGGGUUUCUCAGUUGGUUAAUGACUUCAACACGCUUAUGGAGCUCGAUACAAGGAGAGAAGAACCAUUGCUUCGAUUCCGAGAUCAUAGUGUUGGAUACUUAAUAAUCUUCACACAGUCAUGUACAACACAUAGAAUCCAGAGAUCAAUAAGAGAAUGGAGCGAACGUAUUUUGAUGGCUGUUGAGUUCAACUACAGCAAACUCUUGCUGUCUCUAUACAACAAGAACCCGUAGUUUGCGCUGCGGUGGUCUACAAAAUUAUGUCAUGGCUUG